AUGGAGCGGAAGGAAAUGAAAUAUCACAAAAAUGACAAAGUUAGAUGUGCGGUGAAGUGCAAGCAUGAAAGCUGUCCUUGGAAGGUUAUCCUUAGGUUUAAUAAAGAUGAUAAAUGUUGGAGGCUAUCUGUGGUGAAGGACAAACAUGACGGCUGUGUAAGGACUCAGAAUAAUUCAAUGGUCAAUUCCUCUAUUGUUGCUAAGAGAUGGAAACAACAAAUUAGAGGAAAUUUGGAAUGGAAAACUAAUUCCUUUUUAGAAAAAAUCCUAACUGAUGACCAUUACAUUCUGAGUAAGAAGCAAGCAUGGAGGGCUUUAGUGAAAGAAAAAGUGAAGGUGAGUGACCUUAAAGAAAAUGGAAAAGAGAGAUUUUUAAGGAUGUAUAUCUGUUGGGAAGCUACAAGGGAAGGAUUUAAGCACUGCAGGAAAAUCAUUGGCCUAGAUGGGUGUCACUUGAAGUGUAAAAUUGGAGGACAAUUGUUGACAGCAGUUGGAAUAGAUGCAAAUGAAAGUUUAUUCCCAAUUGCCUAUGCAGUUGUAGAAGACAAGCAAAAGGGUCUCAUACAAGCUUGUGAAAGUACCUUACAAGGAGUUAGGCAUAUAUUUUGUGUCAGACACUUGCACAAUAACAUGAGGGUGGCUGGUUUCACUGCCAAUGCUAUAAAGGAUGCCUUGUGGAAAGCAGCAAGAGCCACUACUGUGAAUAACUUUUCAACAGCAUUACUUGAGUUAAGAAAAUUGGAUGAAAAUGCUUAUGUUUGGCUUGGUGAUAAGGAUGAGAUAAAGGAUUUCUGA